GCGCGAGUGCGCUACGAUUCACACUGCCAACGUGAAGAAGACGAAGCAGACAAGAUCUCGCGCGGAAGAGCGCAAAAGCCAUAAACGCCUCCCUCUUCGUCCCCUCCUGAUGGAGCUCUGGCCGUUUCAAAACCCCCUACCCCCUGCCCGGUGCCACGCGGCCGCGUCCCCGCAGCCUCAGCCCCCGGCCCGCGUCGCCUCGCGCCGGACGCCGCGCUGCUUCUGAUUUCCGACCGUUCCUACUCGGUGUCGGCCGGAUUCCCUAGUCCUUGUCGUACGGGAGGGUGCGGUUUCCUGGCGCGGAUGUAAGUGAAGGCCGUGGCAGGGGCAGGGAAGGAAUGCAGAGGUCGCGGCGAGCCCUUCUGCGGAGGACGGCGGCAGCCCAGGAGCAGAGCGCUGUGGCGGAGGCUGCCGCUAACGGAAGGAGGAGGCGUUUGUACGGCUUCUCCGCCUCCCUCGUCGUCGCCUCGUGGGUCGCCGUGCUCCUCCUCCACUCCCUCGUCGGACACGGCGACGGUCAACGAGAUGGAGGAGGCUCUACUGUAGAUCUUACUGUUGUAGAGCCUACUGUAAAUGUUGGUCCUAUUAAUCCGGUUGUACAGGAAGAGCAUGGAGGUGAUUUGGAGAUGCCAGGUGAUAGCUGUGUUAAUUCUGACGAAAACGCUGUGCUUUCAGAGGAUACACUGGUGCAAGCAGAUCAAUUGUGUUCCAGUGAUGAGGUGCAGAAUGAGAACACAGAAGCUGUAACCAUAGACAGUCAGGUUGAGCUUUCAGGAGAUCAGGGUGGGUAUCUUCCUCAGUCGGGUGUUGAUUCUGGAGUUCAACCAGGGGAGAAGGUAGAGAGUAAAGAUUUGCCUAGACCACCGAGACUAUCACGGGUUGCUCCUCCUGAUCUCGAUGAAUUCAAGACAAGAGCAAUUGCUGAAAGGGGACCUGGUAUUUCUAGUCAACCUGGUAAUAUCAUCCACCGAAGGGAGCCUAGUGGGAAGUUGUAUAAUUAUGCUGCAGCUUCUAAAGGGGCCAAGGUUCUGGAUUUCAAUAAGGAGGCUAAGGGUGCUUCCAACAUCUUAGAUAAAGACAAAGACAAGUACCUCCGCAAUCCUUGCUCAGCAGAGGGGAAGUUUGUCAUCAUAGAGCUUUCUGAAGAAACCUUAGUAGAUACAAUCGCAAUUGCAAAUUUUGAGCAUUAUUCUUCUAAUCCAAAAGAAUUUGAACUGCUGAGCAGUCUGACAUAUCCCACAGAAAACUGGGAAACUCUUGGAAGAUUCACUGCCGCGAAUGCAAAACUUGCUCAAAAUUUCACUUUUCUUGAACCAAAGUGGGCUAGAUAUUUGAAACUGAACUUGGUAAGCCAUUAUGGUUCUGAGUUCUACUGUACUCUCAGUGUGCUUGAAGUGUAUGGAAUGGAUGCUGUAGAAAAGAUGCUUGAAAACUUGAUUCCAGUUGAGAAUAAGAAAACGGAACCUGAUGACAAGACUAAGGAACCCAUUGAGAAAAUUUAUUUGAAAGAUCCUGCUGGAGGAAAAGAAUUCUCACAGGAAACCCUUGAUGAAGAUGAAUUUGAACUAGAAGAUGAUAAACCAAACGGUGAUUCAUUGAAGAAUGGUGCUAAUGAUCCAGUUUCAGAGGCAAGGACACUUCAGGCUGGCAGGAUUCCUGGAGAUACAGUUCUUAAGGUGCUAAUGCAGAAAGUUCAAUCUCUUGAUGUGAGCUUCUCUGUUUUGGAGAGGUACCUAGUGGAGUUGAACAGCAGAUAUGGGCAAAUCUUUAAGGAUUUCGAUGCCGAUAUUGAUAGCAAAGAUGUCUUGUUAGAGAAGAUCCAAUCAGAGCUGAAGAAUCUUGAGAGCAGCAAAGAUAACAUUAUGAAUGAAGUUGAUGGAUUCCUCUCAUGGAAGUUAGUUGCUUCCUCGCAACUAAACCAGCUGGUCCUGGAUAAUGCUCUACUCAGAUUGGAAUUUGAAAUAUUUCGGCAAAAACAGACUGACAUGGAGAACAGGAGUCUUGCUGUUAUAUUUCUCAGUUUUGUUUUCGCUUGCUUAGCUCUUGCUAAGCUGUCUAUAGGCAUCAUGUCCAGAUUUUGUAGAUUCUAUAACUUUGAAAAGUUCCAUAAUGUAAGAUCCGGGUGGCUUGUGUUGCUGCUUAGCAGUUGCGUCAUAUCCACCAUUUUGAUAAUACAGUAAUAGAAGCAUUCAACCUCACAUGGUCACGCCUGUACAUCCUAGUUACAUGAGAUUUCUGAUGCAAAAUGAACUAUACACCUCUUUCAGAUCUUAUGCAAUUUUACAGUGCAGUUGUUUCGCUC